GAUCCUGGACCUCAUAUGUUCCUGUUGGUUCUGCAGCCUGAAUACUUCACUGAGGAACACAAACAGAGGCUUGAAUCAAUUCUUGAAUCCUUCAGUGAUCAAUCAUUUGAUCAUUCAAUAGUUCUGAUCUCAGAACCCAGAGAGGAAAGUUCUGGUUCUGUUGAACAGUUUGUCCAACAUCCAGUUUUGAAGGAUAUUAUUCAGAAAUGUAAAGUGAAAAUGUUGCUGAAAAAGAGUUUUGAGCGACAGGAGCUGUUAACAGUCAUGGGAGAAAUGCUGGAGGAGCUGAAAGGAGAACAUGUGACCGGUGAUGUUUAUGAAGAGGCUUUCCAAAGGUUACCUGCUGCUCUUCAAACAAAAGUGCAACAAGAAUCCAAACUUCAUGAGAACUCAGAACCUGCACACCCACUCAGAAUUGUUUUGUUUGGAAAAAGUAACGACAAGAAGUCAACCCUGGGAAACAUCAUCAUUCAGAAAACAGAAUUCCAUCCUCCAAAAUUAUUUUCAUACAAACAGUGUGUCUCUGCCAGUGGAACGUGGAACAGGAAACCAGUCACAGUGAUAAAAACUCCAGACUUCUCCAGUCUGUCUUUUGAAAAAGUGAGACAAGAGAUGAAGAACUGUGUGAGUCUCUGUCAUCCUGGACCAAAUGUUCUGCUGCUGUUAGUAAAACCUACAGAAUUCACUGAAGAUGACAGAAAAACCCUGAAGUUCCUCCUCAGUUUGUUUGAUCAAGAUGCCUUCAAACAUUCGAUGAUUCUCAUUACACAUGAUGAGAGGGGACAGAAUCUCUCUGUAGAACAACUCAUAAAACACUGCAGACAGAGUCACUUUCUGGACAGUAAAGAAAAUCAAGUCUAUGAACGACAGGAAUUAAUGCAAAAAAUAGAAACAAUUGUUUGUGAAAACAAGGGAGAAUAUCUUAAAUUAAAAGAAGGAGAUGAUUCUGUGAUGGUGUUCAAUGAGUCCAAACCAGUUCUGAACCUGAUUCUGUUUGGUAGAAGAGGAGCUGGGAAGACUUCAGUUGUUGAUGCCAUCCUAAGAAGCAGCAGGUUUGGUCCUCAGCCCGACCCAUCACAGUGUGUUAAAACCCAGGGAGAGGUGGGGGGACGGUGGGUUUCUCUGCUGGAGCUGCCUGCUUUGUGUGGGAAACCUGAAGAAGCAGCCAAAGAAUCCUUCAGGUGUGUCUCCCUCUGUGAUCCUGAGGGGGUCCAUGCCUUCAUCCUGGUCCUACCUGUGGCUCCCCUCACUGAUGAAGACAAGGGAGAGUUACAGAUCAUCCAGGACACAUUCAGCCCUCGAGUCAAAGACUUCAUCAUGAUUCUGUUCACUGUGGACUCAGAUCCUGCAGAUCCAGCUGUUCUUAACUUUAUAAAGGAGACCAAGGAGAUCCAGGAGCUCUGUCAGAGCUGUGGAGGAAGAUAUUUUGUUCUUAAUGUCAAGGACAAGAAGCAGAUCCCACAACUGCUGGA